AUGAAAUUAAAAAUUGGAAUUGGAUUGCAAGUUUUAGUUUUAGUUGGUUGUAUCAUUGGAUUUGCGUUGCCAUGGUAUCAAAUCAAAAGAUCGUCAUAUGAAAUUGGACUUUCUAAUAUCGAUGAAGCAGUCACUUACUUUAGAUGGAAAGAUGUACAAUGUGUAGUUGGCGGUGAAGAGGAAUCCAAAGAAAGUUAUUCUGAUGCAUCAAGUUGUCCACUAUUUUUAACGACCAAACCAAUUUAUGUUACUAAUGAAUUUGAUGAUGUUGCCAAGAUUCUAAAUACAUGUCUAUCAUUCUUGGUGAUUGGUGCCGCUUUGGCUCUUGGAACUGCUCUCUUGCAACUCAUUCUCUUACUGUCACCAAAGUUGUGUCGUUCAAUCAUCUGGAAGAUUCUUUGUAUCGGUUGUUCUAUGGCCACUAUUGCCAUCUUGUUUGUUUCCUUUUUCACAUUAUUCGGUAUGCCAAAGGCUUUGGAUGACGAUAUCGUCUUUUGUCUAGACGACGCCUGGUGUGACAAGAUCUAUGGUAGCUCUGAUGGAUACUCUUGGAUGCCUGGAGGUGGUUGGUGGGCUACCCUCGCCGCUUGUUUCACUGCUCUUUGUGCUGGUUUAUUCACUCUUGUUAGUAGUAGAUAA